GGGGCCUGGGCUCGGGCCCGCGCCGCCCCCCGCGCGCCGCCCCCGCUGACCGCGCCCGCGGGCGCCGCCGGCACCAUGGUGCAGAAGUCACGCAACGGCGGCGUGUACCCCGGCCCUGGCGGGGAGAAGAAGCUCAAGGUGGGCUUCGUGGGGCUGGACCCUGGCGCGCCCGACUCCACCCGCGACGGCGCGCUGCUCAUCGCCGGCUCCGAGGCCCCGAAGCGCGGCAGCAUCCUGAGCAAGCCGCGCGCGGGCGGCGCGGGCGCCGGGAAGCCCCCCAAGCGCAACGCCUUCUACCGCAAGCUGCAGAAUUUCCUGUACAACGUGCUGGAGAGGCCGCGCGGCUGGGCGUUCGUCUACCACGCCUACGUGUUCCUGCUGGUCUUCUCCUGCCUCGUGCUGUCCGUGUUCUCCACCAUCAAAGAGUAUGAGAAGAGCUCUGAGGGUGCACUCUACAUCCUGGAAAUUGUGACCAUCGUGGUGUUUGGCGUGGAGUACUUUGUGCGGAUCUGGGCUGCAGGCUGCUGCUGCAGGUACCGCGGCUGGAGGGGGCGACUCAAGUUCGCCCGGAAGCCCUUCUGUGUGAUCGACAUCAUGGUGCUCAUCGCGUCCAUCGCCGUGCUGGCUGCCGGCUCCCAGGGCAAUGUCUUCGCCACGUCGGCGCUCCGGAGCCUGCGGUUCCUGCAAAUCCUGAGGAUGAUCCGCAUGGACCGGCGUGGCGGCACCUGGAAGCUCCUGGGCUCCGUGGUGUACGCGCACAGCAAGGAGCUGGUCACCGCCUGGUACAUUGGCUUCCUCUGCCUCAUCCUGGCCUCAUUCCUGGUGUACCUGGCAGAGAAGGGCGAGAACGACCACUUCGACACGUACGCAGACGCACUCUGGUGGGGUCUGAUCACCCUGACGACCAUCGGCUAUGGGGACAAGUACCCCCAGACCUGGAAUGGGAGGCUACUGGCGGCAACCUUCACCCUCAUCGGCGUCUCCUUCUUUGCUCUUCCUGCAGGCAUUCUGGGGUCCGGCUUCGCCCUGAAAGUCCAGGAGCAGCACCGGCAGAAGCACUUUGAGAAGCGGCGGAACCCUGCGGCGGGCCUGAUUCAGUCCGCCUGGAGAUUCUAUGCCACCAACCUGUCGCGCACAGACCUGCACUCGACGUGGCAGUACUAUGAGCGCACGGUCACCGCACCCAUGUACAGCUCGCAAACUCAAACCUACGGGGCAUCCAGACUGAUCCCACCGCUGAACCAGCUGGAGCUGCUUCGGAAUCUCAAGAGCAAAUCCGGACUGACCUUCAGGAAGGAGCCGCAGCCGGAGCCGUCUCCAAGUAAAGGCAGACCGUGCAGAGAGUCCCUGUGUGGAUGCUGCCCUGGACACUCUAGUCAGAAGGUCAGUUUGAAAGACCGUGUCUUCUCCAGCCCACGAGGCAUGACUGCCAAGGGGAAGGGGUCCCCGCAGGCCCAGACCGUCCGGCGGUCGCCCAGCGCUGACCGGAGCCUGGAGGAGAGUCCGAGCAAGGUGCCCAAGAGCUGGAGCUUUGGGGACCGCAGUCGGGCACGCCAGGCUUUCCGGAUCAAGGGCGCAGCGUCUCGGCAGAACUCCGAAGCUGUGUCCCUCCACCCAGAAGCAAGCCUCCCCGGGGAGGACAUCGUGGAUGACAAGACCUGUAACUGCGAGUUUGUGACUGAAGACCUGACCCCGGGCCUCAAAGUCAGCAUCCGGGCUGUGUGCGUCAUGCGGUUUUUGGUGUCCAAGCGGAAGUUCAAGGAGAGCCUGCGGCCCUAUGACGUGAUGGACGUGAUCGAGCAGUACUCGGCCGGCCACCUGGACAUGCUGUCCCGCAUCAAGAACCUGCAGUCCAGGAUAGAUAUGAUUGUGGGCCCCCCACCCCCUUCAACUCCCCGGCACAAGAAGUACCCCACCAAAGGACCCACGGCCCUUCCGAGAGAGUCGCCCCAGUACUCACCUAGAGUGGACCAGAUCGUGGGGCGGGGCCCGGCGGUAACGGACAAGGAGCGCACCAAGGGCCCGGCUGAGGGGGAGCUGCCUGAGGACCCCAGCAUGAUGGGCCGGCUGGGGAAGGUGGAGAAGCAGCCAUUCCCACAGGUCUUGUCCAUGGAGAAGAAGCUGGACUUCCUGGUGAACAUCUACAUGCAACGCAUGGGCAUAUCCCCAGCGGAGACCGAGGCCUACUUUGGGGCCAAGGAGCCGGAGCCAGCGCCGCCGUACCGCAGCCCUGAGGACAGCCGGGAGCACGGAGACAGGAGCGGCUGCAUCCUUAAGCUCGUCCGCUCCACCAGCUCCGGGGGCCAAAAGAACUUCUCGGCGCCCCUGGCUGCACCCCCUGCCCCGUGCCCACCCUCCACCUCGUGGCAGCAGGCGUGCCACCCCCGGCAGGGCCACGGUGCCUCGCCUGUGGGGGACCAUGGCCCCCUGGUGCGCAUCCCACCCCCGCCUGCCCACGAGCGGUCGCUGUCUGCCUGCAGCGGGGGCCACCGGGCCAGCACAGAGUUCCUGAGGCACGAAGGCGCCCUGCGGGACAGCGACACGUCCAUCUCCAUCCCGUCCGUGGACCACGAGGAGCUGGAACGCUCCUUCAGCGGCUUCAGCAUCUCCCAGUCCAAGGAGAACUUGGACGCCCUCAACAGCUGCUAUGCGGCGGUCGCGCCCUGUGCCAAAGUCAGACCCUACAUCGCAGAGGGCGAGUCAGACACGGACUCAGACCUCUGCACGCCGUGCGGGCCCCCACCGCGCUCCGCCACUGGGGAGGGCCCCUUCGGCGACGUGGGCUGGGCCGCGCCCCGGAAAUGAGGCCCCCGCCCACCGCUCUCUGACUCUUGGCCUUCCCCGUUCAGGAGCGGGACCUCUGGGGCCUUUUCUUAGAGUGACGCAGGUUGGGGUGCCCAUAGGGGCGACAGGUAGUCGGAGGUACCUGGUCUCAUGCAGGGAAGGCUGACGAGUUCUUUCCCAACAAUGGGCAGCCAGGCCGGCUGUGCCCACUUGCAGAUCGUUGGCCUGGGUGUGGGCAGAGGCUGGGAUCCUCAGGACAGGCCCCUGGCUGCAGGCAGGAGGUGAGAGCCUGGGAGCCUGGCCCAGGUGGGGUGGCAGGCCUGUCCUCUCAAAGGUCAGUGGUCUUGGACCCGGUGAGGAGGGGGCCUGAGCCUGUGGCUGCUCUGUGGGUAUCACUUGCCUUUGUUCCUUUUCCCCCAACCCUGACGCCUGCCCCUGACCCCAUCCAUCUGUGUUCAGCCUGGGGCGAUGCCCCCUCGCCUUUGGGGGCCUGUCCAGAGAGCCGCUGGUCAGCACCAUCUCCCUCCUCCCUCUGGGGUCUGAGCGGCCCAGGAUGGGAGCUGGGGAGCCGGCCUCGGGGGGGACCCCAGUCUGGAGAGGAGGGGCGGGGCCUUGGGGUUGCACCAGGGCUCGGGGUGACCCUUGAACCUGGACUCAGCUCCUGGGGGGGGUCCCACUCCACAGGCUUCCAGAAAGUGGUCCUUGGGAGAUCUGGGGGAUGGGCACCCCCAUGUCCGAUCUGCUCUGCCCUGGCCAGACACCAGCCACCAGGCUUGGCCAGCCACAGUGGAGAUGUGCUGAGUGGCUGGGGACACCACACUAGGCUGGGCUCAAGUUCUGGGGUCCUGGGGCCAGUCAGGCUGUGGUGAGCGGACGCGCGUGCUGUCCCUGGCUGAGGGCCCUGCCCUGCCGAUCCCCUUUGGCGCCCUGACGGGACCCAGGUCUGGACAAUCCUGUGACCACUGGGAAAGCCUUCAAGGCCCCACGGGAGUUGAUAAGGGGCCCUCCCAGCCUAGUGUGUCUCUCCCCACGGGAACUGGCUGCCACCUGCCCCUCCAGUCCCACCUGCUCUCCACUCCCUUAGCUGUGACCUUCUGGGAGUCAGGAUCAUCUGUCCCCACCCUGAGCCCUUGGGGGGCAGGGUACCCAUCCCUCCUGCCCUGGGCACUCAGUGCAUUUGAAACUGCGAGCCUGGGCACCUGGUGCUGUCUGGGGCAGUGACCCCCACAUGUGCCAGGCCUGGGAAAACUGGGUCCCCAGAGAGCCCUGUGGCCCCUCACGACACCUGUUGAACAUCUGUCCUGACUCCGACCAGAGGGGCAAUCAAGACAACCCAGCUUCUCCUGGGAAGAACUUCCAAAGAGCAUGCCAGGGUCUGGGGGUCCUGGUGCUUAGACCUUUGGGAAGCAGUGCCUGUGCCUGCCCCUGCUUGCCAGAACACCCUGGGUCCUACCAUGGCACCUCCCUGCUGGGGCUGCUUGCCAGGCAGCUGGGGAGUGGGAUGGGUCCUGAGCCUGCCCGAUAAUGGCACCCAGGGUGGGCAGGUCUGGCUGGAGUUGGAGCCCACAGUCUGUGCCACAGCAGAGGAUGUGCCCCUCCCUGCCUCCCAGGAGGGGCUGGGUGUGGCAGCUGCCAAGGGGUCUGGGUGGGGGCGCGCGAGCCCCAGCUGGCUCCCCGUGUCCGCUCCUGCAGCUCUAGCUCUCGUCCUCCAGAGCGGCGCUUCCCCCGCCUGGGGCCCUUUGGUGCAGACACCGCGGGUAUGUGGUGUGGACCUGCCUCCAUCUGGGUGAGGCUGGGACUGGAGCCUGGGCAGCCAACAUCUGAUGCCAGUCGGAGGCCCUGGGACCUGCCACCAGCAACAGGGACCAGUCCCAUCAGGUCUCGGCCGUUAUGGGCUCCAUGCCCCAGGAGGAGGCACUCUUUGCCCUGCAGGGAGUCUGCUUUCUGUGCUGCAUGCCCAGCUGCAGGAGCCGGCCUGCUGCAGUGGGAGGAACCCAGGCGAGACUGGCCAUGCGUCCACGUCCCAGGAGGGCGUGCAGCCUCUGGCCCUGGGAGGGGAGCAGGCACAUGCCUCUGGGGUGGUUUGGGGGCAGUUUUGGAUAGUGAUGGGGUAGAGGCUCCCCUGGGGACCCUCAGCCCCCUGGGCCAGAGCAGUGCGUUCCAUGGCACCUGCUAGCAGGAAAGGGCGAGGGAGGAGGUGGGUGCCCGUCCCUGGGUGUGUGUGUGUGUGACGUGGCAAGGCCAGGGCCACCCUAUGGGGAAUGGCUUCCAGAACAAGGCUGUGUCAGCUGGGAUGCAUCUCCAUGCCGGUUGCACUCACACACACGUGCACACACUGCACGUGCCUGACGGCACACACCAAGGUUCUGGCUUCGAUGGCCCGUUGAUGCCUCCGGCUCUUCUUGCUUGAGGCCACGUGGGACCCAGGGCUUCCAGGCCCUGGGCAGGGGUCCAGCCCUCCCCGCUCCUGGGUAGCCCUGGCUGGAGGCCACUGGGGCCCGCCUAAGGGCCCUUGCCAUCCUCUGCCCGAGCUGGCUGGAUGCCAAGAGACGGCUGGGCCGGGCCAGGGAGGUCCCAGCAUCAGGGGUCCAGACACAACACUGAGUGCUGGCAGGCUCCCUCGGCCCCGUUGGCCGUACGGCUGGCCUGUCCCUUCACUGGCACGUUCUGGCCCAGCAUAGCCCCCUUCUGUCCAUGUAAAAUCAUGAGCCAUGGCCCUGGACCAGGCCUCCCUGGAGAAUGGGGGGCCCCAGCCAGGUGGCAGAGGGCUCGCUCUGCACGGAGGCCAAGCUGCCUCUCAGCAACACUACCCUCCUUUGGGGGCAUUCACAUCAAAGCCCCACUGGGAGGCUCAAAAAUCACCCCAGCUCCGGGCUCCCUCACUGAGACUUCUGCUGUAUGGGGCCAGUGUGGCCAGAAUGGGAGGAGCCUGGAACGGACCCCAGGCCCUGCCCUGGAACUGGAGCCCAGCAAAGUCACCAGCCAGGCAUCUUUCAUGUGUUUAUUUAACUUAACCUCCUUUGCACUAGACCGGAGUCCCUGGGGGGGUCACAAGUUGGAGAUGUUAACAUGGAAGGGGGCAGCCUCUCUUCUGCCGACCGCCACCUUCAGGGGACACCCAUGAAGUAGGUGUCCCCCUGUUUGUGAACAGAGCUUGGCCCUGAGACAUUUCUAGAAGCUUCCCAAAGCCCAGAGAGGUGGAGGGCUGCAGGAAGGCCUUUGUGGAAAUGCCAGUAUUUGUAUCUAGUUCACAUCCACCCAGAUUGUAAAUAAUGUACAGAGCAGGGGGUGCAGGCACCAUCCCCUGGUCUCAUGCUUAGGGUCAGAAGGAUAGCACAGUCCCAGCCCUCUGAUGUCACAAGCCCUUGUGGACAGGGAUGUUCUGACAGGACCCCCACGGAGGGUUGGGGGUGCCUUGCACCCCAGCAGGUGUGAGUUCUUAGCAGCAGGUAUCCCCAGGGCCCAGUGAUCCUCUCCCUGACCGACACUGGAGUGGUCCUGAGUUGCCCUCAGCAAUGGCAUAGACAGACCUGCCCUCUGUGACCCCCCCGAGCAGACCUCCAGGCACCUGCUUGUAGGUCCGAUGUUGGGCGAGGGGCAGUAGGGCUUAUGGGGCCCACCAGUGGUGGGCUACCUGCCUCUAGUUCCUUGGGGGAGGCUGUGUGGCUGUCCCAGGCCAGCUGCCCUCCAGUGUUCUUGCCACCAGGGGCAACUCCAUUUGGGCCCCUACCAAAUGCCAAGUAGGAGAGACGACGAGGGCAGGCUUCUUCAAAGAGGCAGUCUGUUAGGAUCAGGGGCUUGUGCCACUCCUCUUGGGGGUACCUGGGAAAGCUGGCCACCCACCAGGAAACCACCCAGUGGAGCAGGCAUGAGGGUCCAUGCUGCACCAGACACUGCUGUCCUGUGAGGGGUGGGGGCUGACAGCGGACACCAGGAGGCCUAGACAGUAGGGUUAGACCCUGGGAGACGAGACCGCUCAGCUUCCGGAGGCGUUUGGGAUGGGAGGAGUCAGAUUCUAGGCGCCGGGGCAACCCCAUGUCCCUGUCCUGGGAAGGCAGACCCAGUGUGGGGAGAGUUGGGGCCUUGGGUGGCCUGUGUCCUGGGGCUCCCAGGCAGGAGGGUUUGUGAUGCCACAUGCCACACAUCCAACUCUGACUGGGUUUCAUAAAGUCAUCUUAGCACACAUUGACGGAAAUCUGCCGAGGUUACCGGUGCCCCCACAGUGUCCGCUGGGCACCGGCUGUAAGCCCUGCCUCCUCUGCCAUGCUGCCCCAGACAAGCUCCGGAUGGGCCAGGUGUGAAGCUGGAGCACUGCUGGCUCCCCAAGCCCUGCCCCCUGACCCCCGCCCUCCGCCUUCUGCCCUCGCUCUUGCCUUGGCUCUUUGCACUUUUGUUUAUGCUCCAAAGAAUAUUUCAUAUGCCUUCGUGCUGACGUACACUUUUAACCAUCUGUAUGCGUCCCUGCGCGGUGGUGGCUGGCCUGCCUCCAGGAACGUGCUCCCACUACCCUGAGACCUGCGCACUGUCCACUGUCCAGGGAUAGACGCCCCGGUUAUGAGCUCUGGUUUUCUACGGACCAGCCGGGAUUCUGACUUGCUCAACUCACUGCCAGGUCGGCACUCGCCGUGAGAACAGGCGGAGCAUGGGCGUGCUGGGGACUUUGGGUGUGGACAUGUGGCAAGUUCUGCCAUGGGGCUUGUUUGGAUGCCCAGGGGCCCUGUGCACUGAGUGAAACGCAGCGAUUCACCCUG